CGGGUAGCAGUGAGGAAGGAGGACGGCGUCCCGUGGUUGCCUAGCAAUGGGCCCGAACUGCAUUCUGGGACGCCACAGAUUGCCCACGCUGCGACCUCUCCCCCCGGGCAUCCCUCUCUCAGCCGUCGCGCAACACGGAAGCAUGGCGGCCGCCCGUGACAGCCCGGUGUCCGCUUGCUCCCAGCGCAGGCUCAGGAUCAUCUCCGGGCACCUGCAGCCUGCCAUCUCCUUCAGCGAGUGCAAGGCCCCGGCGGCUCCCUCCAUCCCUAAGAAACGGCAAGAGGUUCUGAAAUGGAACGGAUGGGGAUACAGUGAUUCCAAAUUCACUUUCAACAAAAAGGGGCAAGCCGAAUUCACAGGCAAACGGUAUAAACUAAGUGGCUUGGUGCUGCCGGCUUUACGAGAAUGGAUGGAAAAGACAUUUGGUGCUAGUUUGAAUCACAAAACUACCUCGCGAGCAUCUUUAAAUGUAAGUGAUGCCCCUCCAGCUGUUGUAAAUGAAGGAUUUAUCCAGGAGAUUAAAGCCAUCGGCAUUUCAUUCUCUCAAGAUGUUGAGGAUCGGGUUUUCCGGGCUCAUGGGCACUGCCUGUACGAAAUAUUUGCACUCAGGGAAGGAAUGUUUAAAAGAAUUCCAGACAUCAUCUUGUGGCCAAAUUGUCAUGAAGACGUUGUACGGAUAGUAGACCUGGCCAGUAAAUAUGAUGUGUGCAUUAUUCCUUUUGGUGGUGGUACAAGUGUAUCUAAUGCGUUGGAGUGUCCAGAAGAUGAGAAAAGAACCAUUGUCUCAUUGGAUACUUCUCAAAUGAGCAGAAUCCUCUGGAUAGACGAGAAGAACCUGACUGCCCAUGUGGAGGCCGGUAUCACUGGCCAGGACCUAGAAAAGCAGCUCGGGGAACGUGGAUUCUGUACGGGGCAUGAACCAGACUCCAUGGAAUUCAGCACGUUGGGAGGCUGGGUAGCUACGCGGGCAUCGGGCAUGAAGAAGAACAUCUAUGGAAAUAUUGAAGAUCUGGUUGUGCACUUAAAAGUGGUGACUCCUAAAGGCAUCGUUGAAAAAAGCUGCCAGGGGCCUAGGAUGUCAACAGGACCAGAUAUUUAUCAUUUCAUUAUGGGCUCUGAAGGAACUCUCGGAGUGGUCACAGAAGUCACAAUUAAAAUUAGACCUGUUCCAGAAUAUCAGAAGUAUGGCUCAGUGGUCUUUCCAAACUUUGAGAGAGGUGUGGCCUGCUUAAGAGAAGUUGCAAAACAGAGGUGUGCUCCUGCAUCGAUUCGCCUUAUGGACAAUGCACAGUUUCAGUUUGGGCAUGCUCUUAAACCUCAGGUGGCCUCAAUUUUUACUUCAUUUUUGGAUGGGUUUAAAAAAUUCUACAUCACAAAGUUUAAAGGCUUUGAUCCAAAUCAGCUUUGUGUUGCCACCUUGUUGUUCGAGGGUGAUCGUGAGAAGGUGCUACAACAUGAAAAGCAGGUGUAUGACAUAGCUGCAAAGUUUGGGGGUCUGGCAGCAGGCGAGGAUAAUGGGCAGCGAGGUUACAUGCUGACAUUCGUCAUUGCUUACCUUCGGGACCUUGGCAUGGACUACUAUUUGAUAGGCGAGUCAUUUGAGACUUCUGUACCAUGGGACAGGGUUCUAGAUCUGUGCCGGAACGUUAAAGAGAGAAUUGUUCGCGAGUGCAAAGAAAGAGGGGUACAGUUUCCUCCCUUUUCAACGUGCAGGGUCACACAGACCUACGACGCUGGUGCCUGUGUAUAUUUCUACUUUGCUUUUAACUACAGGGGCUUAAGUGACCCGAUUCAUGUGUAUGAAGAAAUUGAGUUUGCGGCUAGAGAGGAGAUUCUUGCCAAUGGUGGAAGCCUUUCACAUCACCAUGGAGUGGGGAAGUUACGGAAGCAGUGGCUAAAGGACAGCAUUUCAGACGUCGGUAUUGGAAUGCUCCGGUCCGUCAAGAAUUACGUGGAUCCAAGCAAUAUCUUCGGCAACCGAAACCUUUUAUAAACAGUGCUAUCUGUAAUUCUGUCACUGCGUCAACAUGUUUUAAUACUGUACAGUUAUCCCAUUACACAAGCACAGUCAGAGCGGGUUGAGGGUAGGGAGAAUUAUGCCACGAGAUGAGAGGAGAAUGAAUUCAUUUUGUUAAUCAAAAUGUCCUUUUGUUUCGGUAUAAUGUUUAGGGUACUCUUGCUAAGGAUUGGACUUGGCAAUCAGUGUUCUGUGGGACAGCUGUGCUUUUGCUUGCAGCUCUUGACCCCUUCCCCAGACAUAUGUUACAUUGAACGGUCCCUGGGUUGUCAGGGCAAGAAAAAUUCACUUUGUCUCAGCCAGCCUCUAAACCCUAAUGCAUAGCUCGCUGCUGCUUAUAGCAAAUGGCAAUUUCUUAAGCCAGUCAAGCAAGACAUUGAUUUAUCAGAAUAUCUUGUGCAGUCCGAGGCCAGUUGUGUGAGUAUAACUAUUUUACUUGGUAAACAAAUAAGAAGCUAUAUAAUGGCUAGAGUGAUACUAAAAACUCACCCGUGAACCCAUCAUAAGAUAAGUGUUUGCUAAAAACUAAUUUUCAGGAUAAUAAAUACCAGUAUCCUAAGCAGAUAUCGGUUAAAGUUGUUUUAUACUUAUUAAGCUAACCCGUAAAUAGACUGCAGCGUCAUAGCAACUACCGUUUAUAGGCUGAUAUACUUUAUAUAUCUUAUCUUUGACUUUAUAUCGCAACUUAUUUCAAAACGGUUUUGAUUUUAGCUUACAGGCUUAAGACAAAAAAACGAGAAGUUCCAUGACGGAACAACUCGGAGACAGGUGGAAUGAGACAGGCUGGCUAUUUUCGGAAUAAAACACAUACCCUCUCUUAACAACGCACUGGCUGGCAAAUGGGCAUGCCGUCUGCACUACCUACUUAGUAAUACAGGCUUUUCAUAACAAUCUGUGGAUAGGGUGCCCAAAGCGGCUGGUCCUCAUUUCUUCGUCGGAGGGUGGCAGCUGCUGUGUGCAGAAUCAUUGCUACCCAGAGAACAAAGUCGGAUGCUUGGAACGGUCUGCGGAAACAGCUGCUCAUCCUGCCUCUUACUAGCUCAUCUCCUGGGAAGAAAACCACAUUAACGUGAUCAAGCUUUAAGCAAGAGCUCCCUGUGUGUUCGAGAUUCUGAGGAACCGUUCCUGUUCUAUUAAAUAUUUAAGCAGCUUUGCUAUUUUCAGAUGGCAAAAUUGAAACAUAUGUCUCCCCCCAUAACCACCACACACACACACGCACAUAUCAGUGGUAACAUCAAGUUUGACGGUUGAGAACGUUUUGCAAGGCAUGUUCAUUCUUGAUUUACUCUGUGUUGUACGGCUCAAUUGGAGUUCUAUUUGUAAUUAUGGGAUACUCUUUAACCCCUUCACUGCUGCAGCACACUUCAGGAGGAGUGAACUGGUUAAAAUCCUAAUUUGGCCAUUCUACUUUUUUGUACAGAGAUGCUAACACCUUCAUACUAUAUGUUCAGUACAGAAUUUAUGACAUAAAAUUAAUGCUUUCACCCAAA